GGCCAACGUGGGCGGUUGGGUUGACCGACCAUGUCGACGGAGACGUACAGCGCAAGCGCACGGUCCCUGAUCAGCGGGCCGUCGAAGAGAGGAAUUGGAUCGACCUCGCCAACGCAUAAUGGCACCAAUGCGACCAAUGCGGCGAAUACUUCCAUUUCCACCGUUGGUGGCUUCUACGUCAGCGUGAUGGAAAGCGCCAAGGCGUCGUCGUCAUCGUCGCAAGGGCUCCAUUCGCCGCGCCCCAAGCAACGGCAUGACCGCAUGAAGGCAUCGUCAUUGAACCCUUGUAUUUCCAACGACGGAUUGUUUCAUCUCGACGCGAUGGGGCUCGUCAUGCAUUCGGCGGAAAUUCUCAAACAUUUGGGUGUCGAACGAGGCGAUGUCGAUGGAAUCGUGACGUUGAUGCGAUCCAAGCCACAGGAAGACCGCGUCCAAGUCGUGUGCGUGCAUGAGCUGCUGUACGUCCUGCGCCACGACCCCUCCGACUACACGCUGCAAACGCUCAUGACGGACAACAUCACCCCAUUUCUGCUCAAACUCGUGCGCGAGUUUCGGUUCCACACCGUCCUUCAAACCGAUAUCAUGCACGUGAUGCUGUUGCUGGCCAAACUCGCAGUGGAGCACGCCCAAGUGUUAGUGCGGGAAUCAGCGGGGGCGUUAAUUGCAAAGACAAUGGCCUUGCACCCCAAUGAGGAACGACUUACGCAGUACGCCACGUCGCUGCUUCAAACCCUGAGAACUAUGGCGGUAUCGACGGGUGCGAAGCCUGGAAAGCCCUCCGCAUUCGAGAUUGCCUACUUUAGCAACGACUCGUCGCCGACAAGGUCGCCCGCGGCGCUGUGGGCCCCAGCCACGGGGGAGUCUAGCUGCACAAAGCACCACGCGAGCCCCCUCGAGCCAUUUCAAUUGGUCAGUGCAAAAUCGCAAGCACUGGCCGAGCGAAGCCGCACCCCCGAGCUGUCGCAUUCAAGACUUCGACGUGUGUUGUCAAGUCCCAAAGUGCCGACACUAACUGCCAACGGCACGACGUUGGCGUUCGUUAGCUCUGGAAGGACCGUGGACGACUUGGCACCGGCGCCACUGCUUCGCCCCGAAAGCUGUCCGACUUUCGAUCAGCUGACGAUUGAAGUCACCUGCGCCGAUUUACCGUGCAAACCGUCGUCGAGCCAGUCGACUUUGCGACGGAAGAAUCGUUCGUCCAUCAAGCGCUUGACGCCCAUGGUGUUGGCGUCCCCGACACUUGGCGCUUACCGCUCGUCCCCGCUAUUUGUCGAGCCCAUCGCCACAGCCAAGCGAGUCGACGCAACCCACGGAAAAAUGAAGCAACUCGUCAAGCGCAGUGGCUCGACUGGCAAAAGCAGUCCCGGUAGCCGGCUGACGGCUGAGUCUUCGGCCUCAUCUAGUGCGCCUGCAAUGCACCCACAUGAAACCAAUAACGAAGUCGAAGCACGAUCAACAACCAAGCCCCCCAGCCAGAAAAAAUUCUCUCCCACCACACUCAGAGACCAUCGGGCAGCCAAAUGUUUGCAGCGCUACUUUCGUCGAAUUCUCAAAGUCUCCACGCCGCAGCAGCUCGACAACGAGACAUUCCCCGUUGCGACAUCCGGAAUGGCCAACGCUCCGCCGCAGCACCCCGACGACGACGCUUCGUUGGACGUUAAGCUCAUACAGCGUGACGAAAACGAGUACUUGCUCCGGACAGUCCAAGCGUCGUUCUGUCGUGGCCUGCAUCUUCACUCCCAGUACAACUACGACGCCGCGCGAGAAGCGUACGAGAGCGCCUUGGACAUUCCAACGAGUGGAUCGUUUGCGUCGGUCGUGGUAAACGUUGGAGCGACGUAUCUCAGCCAGGGCCAGUACGACAAGGCGUUGGAAGCGUUUGAGCUGGCCAAUGCGAUGCACCCGCACCACCCGAAAGCCAUGUACAACGCGGGGUUGGCGCACUGGCACUUGGGCCGCCCAGAUGUGGCCGCGUCCCUCGUACGUCACCACCUUCUUCCUCGUUUUACCGCAGUGGCAAUGACGUUUGCACAGUUUACGUCCGUCUUGGCCACCGACCCGUCGCAUGCCAAAGCUAUCUUUGCACUGCACCUCCUCCGUACGCAGUUUCACGUGACUGUGUCCUGAUUCAACUCACGAAGUGCCUUACCACCAAGUGCCAUUGACCGCUGGUGUUUGGACGAGCAAUGGCUAAACAAUAUUCAACGGGAUUGAGCAUGAGUUUAGGUCAUGCACAUGCCGCUUCUUGCCGUGCCGCCCUGGAUCUGGGCGUCACCCGGCAGGGCCACCUAAUUUCGAGUGGUUUAGCCGACGAACCGGGCGGGAUAUGGAUAGAAGUGACAUAAAUUACGGUCACAUUCACAAAUUAAGACUGUAUCGAUUCGAGUUGAGUCUUGAUUAAGUUGAUGACGCAGUUGAAGGCUGGGAUAGCAAGGUAGCCAUAUCUGGCUUGUCGAAGAGCGUGGCAAGAUCUAGUGGUGUCUGUUGCAUUUUGUUGAGACUUGUGACCGCUGCGCCAUGCCGUAAGAGGAGACUCACGCACUUGCCAUACCCUAAGUAAGCAGCCUUGUGCAACGCCGUGUUGCCGGACGAGUCGCAGACGUUGACGUUGGCGCCAUGACGUAGGAGGAGGUCCAGUGCCGCCACUUGGUUAGCUUUCACAGCCCACAGGACGAGCGCCCAGCCUGAGUCCUCGUCGAUAAAGUUGACAUCUGCUCCGCUUGCAAUCAACUCCACGAUUUGCGCUGUCGCGCCAUCGCACACGGCAUCGCGCAGGUCCUCGCUGGGUGUGUUGGUGCUCAUUGUUUCGUUUGGGCGGUUUCUGUUCGAAACGGUCUUGUUCAAAAU